AAUCCUUUCCUUUCUCUCCCCCUUCGCUCUUUCUACGCCGAUGCCGCUUCCCUUCGCCUGCCUCUCCAGCUCCUCUACCACCGCAGCGGAGGACCGCACCUCCUCCACUGACGGUGACCCGACCGCUCCUCCUCCUCCUCCUCCACCACCGCCGCUGCGAACGCUUCAACUCUCCUCCUCCACUGCCUCCGACUCCAGCUCCUCCUCCGACGGCCCCGCCGUCACCAGCUCCUCCGCUGACGACUCCGCCUCCCUCGUCACCCUCCCCUCCAUCCACUCCCUCGCCCACUGCAUCCUCGACCCCCAUCCCUUCUCUGCCUCCUUCCUCUGCCUCUCCUCCCUUCAGACCGCCGGCGGCGCCGCCGCCGCCGUCGCCGUCUCCGCCCCCACCCUCCUCCUCUAUAUCGCCUCUGCCGCCGAGAUCUCCGUCUACGACCUCGCCUCCUUCCGCCGCCUCGACUCCUUCCCCGCCGCCCCCGCCGCCGGCUCCGUCAAGUCCGUCGCCUUCUCCGCCGAUGGCCGCGCCUUUACCGCCCACCAGGACGGCCUGAUCCGCGCCUGGAGACGCUCCACCCGCUCCGGCCGCCACCGACUCGUGGCCUCCCUCCCCACCGCCGCCGACCGCCUCCGCCGCCUCCCGCUCCCCUCCAACUACAUCACCGUCCGCCGCCACAAGAAACUCCUCUGGAUCCAGCACGCCGACGCCGUCUCCGCCCUCGCCGCCGGCGGCGGCCUCCUCUACUCCGUCUCCUGGGACAAAACCCUCAAGGUCUGGCGCGCCUCCGACCUCCGCUGCAUCGAGUCCGUGGCGGCGCACGACGACGCCGUCAACGCCGUUGCCGUCGCCGCCGACGGCACCGUCUACACCGGCUCGGCGGAUCGGAGGAUUAGGGUUUGGGCGCGGUCGCCAGGGGAGCGGCGGCACGGGCUGGUGGCAACGCUGGAGAGGCACCGGUCGGCGGUGAACGCGCUUGCCGUGAGCGGCGAUGGAGCGACGCUCUACUCUGGUGCCUGCGACCGUUCGAUCUUGGUGUGGGAGAGGGAAGACAGCGCGAAUCAUAUGGCGGUCGCCGGGGCUCUCCGCGGACACCGGAAGGCGAUUCUGUGCCUCGCGUGUGCGGGGGAUUUGGUGUUCAGCGGGUCUAGCGAUCGGACGGUGAGAAUUUGGAGGAGGGGAGGGGAGGGGAGGGCGUAUAGCUGUCUUGGGGUUUUGGAAGGUCACGGGAGCGGAGUGAGGUCGCUGGCGGCGGUCCUGUUGCCUCCGCCGCCGCCGCCGGCGGAGGCGGUGGCGGAGGAGGAGUACCGGGUUUGUAGUGGAAGUUUGGAUGGGGAGGUGAGGGUUUGGCGGGUUCGGGUUUGGAAACACAAAGGAGUGGAAGCAAAACAAGUCUUGGUGUAGUUUUUUUUUUUUCUGUUUUUCUACAAUGUAUAUUCUUCCUGUUGGUAAUGAUAUUGAUACAAAUUAAGGAGGUUAUUUUUACUACCUAAAAUUUGACAA